AUGCCUCCCAGCAACCAAAAAGCCCUCGUCCUACACGAAAUCGGCACACCUCUACGCCUCGAGACGAACCGGCCAGUCCCCUCCCCAGACCAGGACCAAGUCCUAGUCAAAGUCCACGUCGCCGGCCUGAACCCUCACGACCAAAAGUCGCGCGACCUAGGCCUAUUCGUGCAGAAUCUCCUGCCCGCGGUUCUCUCCAACGACGUCGUGGGCGUCGUCGUCGAAGCUGGCUCUUCCGUGUCCGACUUCAAACUCGGCGACCGCAUUGUAGGUCAGGCAAACUGGGUCAAAGAGUCUCCUCAAAGCGGACUGCAGGAGUACGCGGUGUUGGAUGCCGAGCAUGCGAGCCAUAUCCCGGAUAGCGUAAGUAAUGACGAGGCGGCGACCUUGCCGACAAAUACCCUUGCACCGGUUGUUGCGCUGUUCGAGCCCAGCAAGCUUGGAUUCGUGGCGCCCUGGGCGGCUGAGGGUGACUAUAAUCGGGACACGAUUCUGGUGAUUGGUGGGGCCAGUGCUUGCGGGAAAUUCGCGACGCAGUUUACGAAGCUGGCCGGGAUCGGGCGCAUCGUUGUGCUGGGUGGUGAUGAGGCAGAGCUCAAGGGCUUUGGGGCAACGAAGGUGCUCAGUCGCUUUGGCGAAGCGGAGGAGGUACGGGCUCGGAUCCAGGCGGCCGUCGGGGACGAUUUGAGGUUUGUGCUCGACUGCGUCAACGCACCCGAGCAGCAGCAUAUUGGAAUCAAUGCUCUUUCUUUGACGAGCGGCGGCAAGCUUGCUCGGCUGCGGCGGACUGGCACGAUACAGACUGAGCUGGUUCGAGAAGGGGCAAAGUAUGAGCUUGUCGACAUCUUCGGGUCGUCGUUCGAGUACCCUGAUCUCUGCAAGCCGUUUUGGAAGGCUCUGCCUGAGUAUCUUGUCGCGCGGAAGAUCAGGCCAUUAGCUUCCAGAGUCAUUGAUGGGCUGGAUUCCGAGGCAGUCAACAAGGCGCUGGACGAUUAUCGUGAUGGUCGGAAGGUGCUAAAGGCGAAUGUCCAUGUUAGCUAG